AAAAUAAAUAAAGAGGAUCAUCAUCCAAGCAAUGGAUGAUGAGAAACAGGGGAGAUCAAGCUAUUGAGGCGCCAUCAAGUUGGGGAUCAUCAGGCAGGCUCACUUUCAGUGACAGAACACGGAGGCAAAGAAAACUCAGAGCAGUGUUCAGAGAGGAUGAAGAAAUAGGACGAGAUGAAAAGAAAAAUCCACGGAACCCGUAAUUUUGGCAACCAAAGAGGAACAAGGUCUACAAGAUCUUUCAGAUUUCUCCUUUUGCUCACCAAAUCCCUUUGAAGGUUAUUAGUUAUUAUGUCCUAAUUGAGCUUGUUUCUGGUCUGAUUAACAUGUACUGCAGGUAUAGGAAAUUUUCUACCCUCAUUGCUAAAAGUAAUUUUAGAUAUGGAUGAAAAUGGACAAAGGGAAAGUGGAAGACACAAAGCUGAUCAAUACAAAUCACUGCAUGCUCAGUGGAUGAUGCCUCCAAAUCAAAUGAAGGAUAACUACACCAUGAAGCUGAUAGCCAUCAUGGCCGAGCGAGAUACUGCUCUUCAAGAACGCAACAAGGCCCUCACCGAGAAGAGAGAAGCACUAGCUGAGCGGGACAAAGCAUAUCUCCAGCGUGAUGCUGCAAUUGCUGAGCGUAAUAAUGCCAUCAUAGAACGAGACAAGGCAUUUGCUGCCCUCGAAGCUCUCGAGUAUGCCUGUAAAAAUGGUGGUAUUCAUCAGGAUAACGGUGGACAUGGAGGAUCCACCACUUCCAUAGGCACAAAAAACAUCCCCCACCAUCAGCAUCAGCACCAUCCCAAUGCCAACCCUGUUCCACAGCAACUGCCUGAUGUGCAAUAUGAUCAUGCAAGGGAGAUGCAUAUCAGUGACGUAUUCCCUGUUGCAAAUGUGGCUGAAAGCAGUGCAAAACCUCGCCGUGGUAGACGCCCAAAGAAGGAUUCCAUUUCCAAAGGUCAAGCAGUUCCAGCUAGGAAGCCAUUAAAGUCACCGAGGAAGAAGUCUAGAAAGAAUGAAGUUGUUAGUGUCAGCGAAGAGGUUCCAAAGCCGAAUCAUCAUGAAUGGAAGGGUCAAGACCUGGGACUUAACAUGGUUGCAUACGACGAUUCAUCAAUGCCAGUGCCUGUAUGCUCAUGCACAGGGGAAUUUCAUCAGUGCUACAAAUGGGGAAACGGCGGGUGGCAAUCAGCUUGUUGCACCACCACAUUGUCGAUGUACCCGCUGCCACUGAUGCCCAACAAGCGCCACGGUCGAGUUGGUGGUCGAAAGAUGAGCGGCAGCGCAUUUUCGAAGCUUCUCAGCCGAUUGGCAGCUGAGGGCCAUGAUCUGUCUAUGCCACUAGACCUCAAGGAUCAUUGGGCAAAGCAUGGAACCAACCGUUACAUUACCAUCAAGUGAUAAAACUCUAUGCUUCUAAAAGCUGCUUUUAAGUUCACAAAAUUUCAGGGUUGGAAUGGAAUUUAUCAUUUGUAUAGUUUGUUCCUCCCUUGAAUUAUGGUUUUGAAUCAAUCUAUGAUUUCUGUAAUAAUGUUUGGAAAAAAAUGUAGGCCUAUAAUGUGUUUGAUGCUGGUUUAUUCCAUAAAAAAGACAAUAUGCUUAAAUA